CUGUAACAGAGAGUGACAGAGAGUGACAGAGAGAGCAGGAACAGGAUUAUGAAAGCUGCUGCCACACUGAAUGAGACACAUUUCUCAACUUUGGUAUAAAUAUUUUGGACUUUUUGAUUUACUAAAAUAAGACAUAUCUAAUAGAAGGCUAAAUCAGAGGCCACUAACUUUUUCCUGAUUUUGUUUGUUUACCUUUUGUUUGGGAACCAGUGGAUUUCAGGUCAAGGGUUGGAGGAAAACCCAGACAUCUAUCAAGUAACAGUCACAUGAUGACAGACGUCUCACGAUAUCUUAUCAAUCACCUGGUGACAUUCUCCCAGCAGGAGGGGGAGGUGAAGAGUGUGGAUGAGGCCCAGUCUUGUCUGUCCCGACUGGCCCGGGCGGAGAAGCUGUGGAGCCAGCAGAUAGUUCUGGAGAUCAGCCCUGAGGUCCUCCGACUCAGAGACACACAGAGCCAGGAUGAGUUGGAGAAAUAUCCAGUUUCAUCUAUCCAUCGAUGUGACGCCAUCCUCACUGAGAAACGAUUUCCAUCCCUUCUGUUACUUGUUUGCCAAAGCGCACCUCAGACAAAGCCUGACGUUCUCUUCUUCAACUGUGAGACAGUAAGGGCGGAGCAAAUUCGUGACGACAUCACAAGGGCAGUGUCAGGUUACUCAUCAAGGUCCAAGAAGCGCCCAGAGGCCCUCAGAUUUCCUCCGAUAGACCCUGUUCUUCCCCAAAAUACCAAAGCAGCGAUGAUGGACCCCUACGGAAUUCCGAGUCCCCCCAUUCCACAUGCUCCCAAUGCCCCGCCUGCCAACCCUCCACCCUACCCAGGAAUCAGAGCGAAUGGCGUCAACAGCGGGCAACAACCGGAUAGCUCUUUUCUACGAGCUGAGAAAGAAGUGGGGAUCCUUAAUCACUGUUUCGAUGACAUUGAGGUCUUCAUGGCAAAGCUCCAACAGACUGCAGAAGCUGCCUCAGUUUUAAGCCAGAGGAAGAAGAAGAAGAAAAGUCGCAAGCAAACACCAGAGGAGGACUUGCUUACUGCAAAAGCUCGCCCUCCUCCUGAAGAAGAAUUCAUGGACAUCUUCCAAAAAUUGAAGUACUGCUUCAGCCUACUGGCUCGUCUCAAGUCUUCCAUCUCCAACCCAUCCUCAGAAGAGCUGCUCCACCAUGUGUUCAAACCUCUAGAUAUGCUGGUGAGGACUACCGGGGGCCCUGCUCUAGGGGCCUCCGUGACCAGUCCUGCUCUGACCAACUCAGCCGUAACCCUGCUUCAAGACAACCUGUCUGAGGAGGAGAGGCUGCUAUGGACGGCUCUGGGGCCCCACUGGACACUCCCACGUUCCCAGCUCAAAGGGCCAGUGGCCCCAUACACACCGGUAUUUCUGGACGGGUGGAAGCCAGAGGCCUCCAGGGCAGACAGGCAGGUUUAUGAGGAUCCGGUUGAGUCACAACACAAACAUGAAGCCCUGAGGGAAAAACAAGAGUUGCAACCUACUCAGCCAGUUGGACCUCCAGUCACCCCUAAGAGCAAUGAAAUGGAUAGCAGUGUCCUACCCCCCGAGGGAGAGAGGAUGUACCGUUGCAGCUAUGACUUUGUGGCCCGCAACAACAGUGAGCUGUCAGUACAACAGGGUGAUACACUGGAGGUUGUGGAGUCUUCCAAACGCUGGUGGAAGUGUCGUAAUCGCUUCAACGAGGUUGGCUUUGUCCCAUUCAACAUCCUGGAGCCAGUGGCUCACAUAGACAGCCCUGUCACCAUGAGAGAACCUAAGCCUCCGGUCUCACCUGCCCUAACCAAGACUCACAUUCCUCCCAGCCCUCCAGCCUUUAACCCUAGCUCCUUGACUCCUAGCCCCUCAGCGCACCACCGCCCUCGCCCACUAUCAUACAACCAAUACAGCCAACACAUUCCAGCCGGAGAUGAUGCAGACAAAGCCAUGAUGGUGAAUGACGAACUGCUCCAGAGACUGACCAAUGGGAAGGCCAACCUGAACAAGCCACUGGUCAUCCCUCGCUCGUCGGACACCUUGGUCCCCCUGGACUACAACUCACCCCCCGAGGAGGUGGAGCAGUGGCUCAGGGGGAAGGGCUUCAGCGAGACGACGGUGACAUUACUGGGAAAGCUGACAGGAGCCCUGCUCUUCUCUCUAAACAAGGAGGACCUACGACAAGUCCUACCAGACGAGGGCGCCAGAGUGUACAGCCAGCUCACUGUGCAGAAAGCGCUGUUGGAGGACGCCCGGAAGGCCACUGAGCUGGAGGCAGUGAUGGAAAAACAGAAGAUGAAGAUGGAUCUGAAGCUGGAGAGUAGCACACUAUAAGAACCACGUUUCAGACAUCACGUGUCACUCCCCCAUAAAGAAGACUCCAACUAAGAGAGAAAAAUGCCCGCACACUGGCUUGAUUCUAUCUAACAAACAUUCAAAAACUGUCACAUGUAACAUGAUGCAAAUAUUCAUUUUAUGGCUGCUCUUCAAGCCAGACUGUGCAGUCUUGAAUCAAGGCUUUGCUUUUUGUUGCAAAUGCUUGCUUCAGUUAAAACUCUUUAGGAUAAAUUGUCCUCUGUUAAGCCAAUGAACAAUGUGCAUCUGUAAUCUUUGCUAUAUUCUAGAAUAUUCUCUCCUUUCUAUGUUGACUUAGAAUCAUUUGUGCAUUGUACCAAUUACACCUGCUAUUUGCAGACCAAUUUAACGUA